AUGAUUCUGCACUCUGUUCCAAUAAUGCUAUCGUCCUCCGGAAGCUCUCUCUUGUGGCGGAACGGUACACACGCACCUCCGCCUUCCUUCAAAGCUCUCAGCUUUCCCUUCUCUCCCAGUUUAGUGGUUGGUUACAGAACCACAGUUUCUCCUCUUUCUUGUUCAGCUGAUAUUGCCCUGGGGCAGAGCCAGCCUGCCCCUGUUCUCAAUGCUUGGUCGGAGUUCGCUCAAAAUGUGUCUGGCGAAUGGGACGGUUUCGGAGCAGAUUUCUCUUGCGAAGGGCAACCGCUGGAAUUACCUGAGUCAGUGGUUCCAGAAGCCUAUAGAGAAUGGGAAGUGAAGGUGUUCGAUUGGCAGACGCAGUGUCCCACUCUUGCCCAACCCCACGCGCAGACCUUUCUUUACAAGUCCAUCAAACUCCUCCCCACCGUUGGAUGCGAAGCUGAUGCUGCCACCCGUUACAGCAUAGACCAGAGGAGCAUUGGCCCAAGCACCACCUUAUCAUUUUCUUAUUCUGACUCUGGCUCCUAUGUCGCUGUGUGGCGUCUGGGGAACAACCAGCUAGAGGUCGAGCAUUGCCUUGUUAAUCCAAACGACAAGGAGUCCCGUGUCAGGAUUUUUCAGGUUGUUCGGUUAGCAGAGGCCAAAAUGUUGUUGCAGAGUGUCAAAGUUUUCCGUGAGUUGUGGUAUGGUCCAUUCAGAGAUGGCGAUCAGCUCGGAGGUUGUGCCAUACGUAGCUCCGGUUUUGCUUCUACACCUACCACAGCAGCUUCAGUGGUAGCUGGUUCUUGGAGAGCUGUACUUGCUUCCACUAGUUUUCUCGCCUCUUCUGAUUCCGGUUGCAUUCAACAGGUUACUGGUGAGAAGGUGAUUGAGAUUGUGCGAGAAGAAAAGGAUCUUUUAUUGCUUCCUCAAGACCUGUGGUGCUCACUCCAAGAAAGCAAAGAUGGCGAGAGAUUGUUUUCUGUAGGAUGGUUGUUUGAACCAGGUCAUGCUAUCACAUCUACCUGUAUCUUCUCCAGCCAUUCUAAGCUAAAGGAGGUAACAAUGGGAAAAGAGACUGCCCUCACAGAUUUAUAAUAAGCUUCAGUAAUCCUCUAUAGGUUGUCUCAAUAUAACAAUAAUCUCAUGACUCCAUGUAUGAUGUUGGUUCAGUAUAUCUGUUAAUACAUAUUAGUACACGCAGAGCCCUUGUUGGUUCUAUAAUUACUGGGAAGGAUCCAGACUAUAGAAACCAUAUUUCUGCCAAGCUUUGUAGCUUUUGCAUCUCAUGCCUCAGUUCCGUAAACAAGAAAGGAUUCACACACACCUGUGUGUAGACUGUCAGUUUGGGAAAGAAUUUACCUAGAAAAACGUCAGACUGCUGCUUAUAUUAGCCACUAAGAGAUGGCAUUGUUCAUGAGGCUCAUGUUUAUGCUUUUCCUCAUUGUUCGUCCUACAAUGCCCUUCUGCAUCAUCGGUACAAACUCACCGUAAUCA